AUGAAAGAAGCCAAGAAAGUUAAAAGGCUUUUAGUUCGACGGAACAAUCUUGUUGGUUCCGUAAAAUUGAUUAAAGAGUUCGAUGCAAAUUUUGUGUUCGAUCGAGAUUUUCCACAACUCAAAUUUCGACUCGAAAAAUUAGACAAAUUAUGGGAUGAAUUUAAUGAGGUACAGGCAGAAAUUGAGUGUGAUGAGGAAUUAGAAGAUGAAAUAUCAUCCGUACGUAUUGCAUUUGAGACGGAUUUCUUCCAACUUAAAGGAUCCUUAGCAGAAAAGUUUGACGCUGUUGUACCCGUUGUGAAUAGGGCGCCACCUUCACCCACCGCUCCACCUGCUCAAGCCGCUCCCAUUCGUUUACCAGAAUUGAAAAUCCCCGAGUUCAAUGGAAGUUUCGAUGAAUGGAUGAAUUUUCAUGAUCUGUUCAUCACACUCAUCCACACCAACCCACACCUUUCAUCAGUGCAAAAGUUUCAGUAUCUGAAAGCUGUACUGAAAGGAGAAGCAUUACGUCUAGUUCAGUCUCUAACCGUAUCAGCGGUAAAUUAUACUAUCGCGUGGGAUACCUUGAGAAGACGUUACGACAACAAAAAUCUACAAAUCAAACAACAUUUUUCGGCCCUUUUGUCUACUCCUGCUAUCCGGAAAGAAUCGGCAGCUGCACUUUCGGAUCUGGCAGAUGAAUUUGAUAAGCAUGUUUGUGUACUGAACAAGCUGGAAAAUUCCGAUGAUCACUGGAAUUCCUUCCUUAUCGAGCUGCUAAGCAGUAAAUUGGACUCUGUUUCCCAGAAGGAAUGGGAAUCACAACUGGACAAUGAAGGUCGUCCAGCGUACAAUGACCUGAUUACCUUCAUUCAAAAACGCUCUCGUAUUUUGCAAUCACUAACGCUCUCCCAAUCUUCGCAACAUGUCGCUAAGCCCGAGUCGAAGCUGGAGCCUAAAGCUUGGCGUAAUAAAACCUCGAUAUAUCACUCUAGCAGUGAAAAUCUCUCAAAGUGUACUGUAUGUAAGCAAACGCAUCCGCUGACACAGUGCGACGAUUUCAAGAAGCUAUCUCCACAAAAACGGUUCGAUGUGGCCAAAAAACACGGCCUUUGCUUAAAUUGUCUACGGUCAUCGCAUAUGAUGAAAAACUGCACUGCUGGCUCAUGUCGUACGUGCAACAAACGUCAUCAUACACUGUUGCACUUAAACUCAACUCCUCAGAAGACAGACCAGACUAAGGAUAAAACGGCUUUAUCGAUUCAAAUGGUCCAAUGUGAUACAGCCCCACGAUCGGCAUCGGUCGUCGAACCGUCGUCGUCGGGUUCGCAAAGUAUACCGUCAGGGUCGGCUCACAGCUCUUCACAGGCGACAAAUUGUCAAGCUGUCGUUCCUGUAUAUUCACAUUUUUCGAAAAACAGUACGUCUGCUGUCUUCAUGCUGACCGCAUAUGUGAAAGUUAAGAACAUCGACGGUCAAUACAUUCAUGCUAGGGCUCUAUUGGAUUGUGCAUCCGAAGCCAACUUCGUAACCGAAUCUCUCGCACAAGCUCUCCGGUUAAAACGCGCACCAGCAAAUGUCGAUGUGUAUGGCAUCAGUCAGUCUGUAAAAAGGGUAAAACAGCAAAUACCCAUUGUUGUGUCAUCUCGUACUGGCCCGUACACUACCAGUAUGAACUUUUUGAUUCUACCAUCUUUAACGAGAAUACUACCAACUGUCGAUGUAGAUGUAUCAAAGUGGAUUAUCCCUCGCCACCUUCCUCUCGCUGAUCCAAAAUUUAACAUCGCCCAUGACGUUGACUUGAUAAUCGGUAUAAAAUCAUUCUUCGCCAUCCUAGAGGAAGACCAAAUCAAUCUUGGCAAUGGCUUGCCAGUACUUCGUAAAACUGUUUUUGGAUACGUCGUCGCAGGUGAGGCGUUUGAAACGAAUAAUACUAGUGUCGUCUGCAACGUUUCCACUAUUGACAACAUGGCGUCAAUAGUUCGCAAGUUUUGGGAGGUGGAGAGUUUCGAAAGCGGCAAAGCCCUUUCUCUCGAAGAGCAGUACUGCGAGUCACACUUUUCGAAGACCCACUUUAGAGCCCCUGACGGUCGGUACGUGGUUCGUUUGCCGAUUCGUGAAGAAAUGUUGCUUUCUUUGGGAGAAUCAUUCACGGUUGCGAAACGCAGAUUCAGUGGCAUUGAAAGGAAGCUUAGUAUGGACCCACAGCUCCAAUUAGAGUACACACGGUUUAUGGAAGAGUACCAAUUGUUGGGGCAUAUGACCGAAGCUGUGCCCGAUCACUCAAAACCCUAUUUCUACCUUCCUCACCAUGCAAUCCAGCGACCAGAGAGCACAACAACCAAAACACGUGUCGUUUUCGAUGGCUCAUGCCGAGGAUCCAACAGUCUGUCGCUAAAUGACCUGUGCUACAUUGGCCCUACUAUCCAACCUCCACUUUUGUCCACAUUGCUGAACUUCCGAUUGCCGAAAUAUGCAGUGACAGCCGACGUGGAGAAAAUGUAUCGGCAAGUCAUCGUUAAUGCCAUCGAUCGUCCUUUACAGCAGAUUAUCUGGCGGAACUAUCCAAAUGAGGAGCUGAAAACUUAUCGAUUGAACACCGUGACAUACGGCACAGCACCAGCGCCGUACCUGGCUACUCGAGUCUUGAACCAGUUGGCAGAAGAUGAAGCCAACAACUACCCGCUAGCAUCGCCGAAAGUGAAGCAAACCUUUUACGUCGACGAUCAUCUGUCGGGAGACGACGACGAACAACGAUUGAUCGAGACCAAUUGUCAACUUAUCGCUCUUCUUCGUUCGGGAGGAUUCAGUCUGCGAAAAUGGUGCAGCAACAGUGCAGACGUACUCACUCACAUUCCCGAAUCGUUACGGGACACUCGUACGGAGUUUGGAAUCGGUAUAAACGAUCCGAUUAAAACGCUUGGACUCCAGUGGCACCCAGUUCCAGAUCACUUCAGUUUUAAUGUUCCUGUUUUCGGAAGUACCGAACCGAUAACAAAACGCCUUAUUCUCUCGGAGAUGUCACGUCUAUUCGACCCGCUCGGACUUGUUGGCGCAGUAAUUGUAAGCGCAAAAAUAUUUCUUCAAUCGCUUUGGUCCCAACAAUUCAAUUGGAACGACCAGUUACCAGUUGAGCUCCAAAAUUGGUGGAUAAAUUUUCGCUUCGAAAUCAGAGAACUCAGUUCGCUCUACAUUCAAAGCCGGGUUCUCGUGGAUCAUCACAAGGUCAUCAGUCUUCACUGUUUCGCCGAUGCAUCCGAUCGCGCAUACGGAAGCUGCAUAUAUGUGAAGACAACGAAUGCUGACGGUACAUCGAAGAGCAAUCUGCUCAUCUCAAAAUCACGAGUCAGUCCUCUAACAAAAUUAUCCACUCCUCGACUGGAAUUAUGCGCGGCUGUUCUCGCAGCGCAGUUAGCAGAGUUCGUUUUGGAAUCAACAAAAUUAAACUGUCCAGUGAUAUAUUGGACAGAUUCUACAAUAGUACUACACUGGCUCGCCUCAUCGUCAUCGACCUGGAAAGUGUUUGUGUCGAAUAGGAUUGCUGAAAUUCACAGACUUACUAGGGGAAGCUGCUGGCGCCACGUACCAACCAAUCUUAAUCCAGCUGACCGGAUCUCCCGUGGCGUUCUUCCAUCCAAGUUGGUUGAUGACGAAAUCUGGUGGCACGGCCCACGCUUUAUCUGCACCGAGCCGGAACAUUGGCCACCAAACUGCAUUCAGCUCUCACCACUCCACUUGCAAACGCGGGAGCUCGAAGCUCGCCAUACGGUGGUAGUAGUAGCCACUACAAACUCAGCUGCACUUGAACUCAUCGAGCAGCAUUCCACACUCUCUCCCCUGCAGCGAAAGGUUGCCUGGAUUGUGCGGUUCGCUUUUAAUUGUCGUACCAAGUUGCCUGAAAAUCGUCGUAUUGAUGUAGAUGGUAUUCUUCGAGUGAACGGACGUCUCCAAGAGCUUAAUGCUUCAUUCGAUACUAAGCACCCUAUGAUCCUGCCGAAAAACGCACAUCUCACGCUUCUCGUAGCAAGAGCAAUACACCUACGGAUGCUCCACGCAGGUCCACAGCUGCUCUUAUCAACGAUGCAGCAACGAUUCUGGCCAAUCAGGGGGAGAGAUAUUGCAAAGAAGGUCGUACGAGAAUGCCUAGUGUGUUUUCGCUGCAAGCCGAGCACUGCUAGGCAGAUUAUGGGCCAACUACCUGCUGUUCGACUGACACCGUCGCGCGCGUUCGUCUCGUGUGGCGUUGACUAUUGCGGGCCAUUUUUCGUGAGACCACCUAGUCGUCGCGGUUCGUCGGUGAAAAUAUUCGUCGCUACUUUCAUCUGCAUGUGGUCCAAGGCAGUCCACAUCGAGAUGGUGUGUAGUCUGACGUCAGCUGCGUUCAUCAACUCACUAAAGCGUCUCGUCGGUCGUCGUGGUCGCGUGGCUGAUAUUUAUUGCGACAACGCACGUACAUUCGUAGGAGCCAAUCGCCUGCUUCAAGAUCUUCGGUUGCAAUUCAACGCAAUGCAUCGCUCAGACGAAGUCGCAGUACACUGUACCGAAACAGGUAUCAACUUCCACUUCAACCCAGCUCGGUCACCACACUUCGGCGGCUUGUGGGAGGCCGCAGUAAAGACUUUCAAAUACCAUCUCUACCGGGUGAUGAAGGACACAUUACUCACGAUUGAAGAUUUCAACACGCUGAUAAUUCAAAUCGAGGGAAUCAUGAACUCUCGUCCACUAUCCCCGCUCUCAUCAGAUCCAGCAGACGUCAUUGCCCUCACUCCUGGGCAUUUUCUUGUGGGAGAACCUUUAUAUUCUCUCCCAGAGCCGGAUCUUUGUGACAUCCCUAUUAAUCGUCUCAAUUCAUUCCAGAAAAUGCAACAACGGCUUCAACAUUUCUGGAAAGCUUGGUCACGUGAUUACAUUGGUCAAUUACAGAAUCGAAAGAAGUGGCCGACUGUCAUACCAAACAUCGAGGUUGGGACUAUGGUUCUGUUGAAACAGGACAACGUUCCACCAAUGCGCUGGAUUCUUGGUCGAGUCGAGAAGGUGUUUCUCGGCCCUGAUGGACACGUUCGUGUGGUCCAUUUACGGCAUCAGCAUCACCACCCACUGAGCAAGGAGAAGCUUGGUGAUUUGUUUGAAAGUGCCUUUCAAUGCUGGCCGGCAUGUUGGGUACGCGCCGAGUUCGGUGAAUCGACGAGCGGCACAGUAACACAGGUGGUUUAUCUGGUGCAGAUGAAGUCGGCGGCAGGUGUUUACACUUGUCUGAUGAUCUCGAUGACAAUUACCGUCCGUCGACAGGAACAUGAAAUCCAAAAGAGAAGACCCGGUAGAGGGUUUCAGGAAAACUAA